UUCUUCUUCUUGUUUGCUACCCAUUUUGAUUCAGUUGCAAACUUCAAUUUAUGCAAUAAUACAAAAUCUAAAGCCAUGAUGAAAUGCAUCUACAAAGAUCCGAAUGCCGCCAUUGAUGCCAGGCUCAAAGAUCUCAUCUCUCAGAUGAGCCUUGCAGAGAAAAUCGGCCAAAUGACACAGAUCGAGCGCACCGUCGCCACCCCUUCCGCCAUUAAAAACCUCUCUAUAGGUAGCAUACUGAGUGUUGGUGGGAGCGGGCCGUUUGAGAAUGCAGAGUCUGCUGAUUGGGCGGCAAUGGUGGAUAGCUUCCAGAAAGCGGCACUCGAAUCGAGGCUCGGAAUUCCGGUGCUGUAUGGAACUGAUGCUGUUCAUGGUAAUAACAAUGUUUAUGGUGCAACCAUUUUUCCUCACAACGUAGGCCUUGGAGCCACCAGAGAUGCUGACUUGAUUCGGAGGAUUGGUGCUGCAACAGCUCUUGAAGUUAGAGCAUGCGGGAUUCACUAUACUUUUGCUCCAUGUAUUGCUGUGUGUAGAGAUCCGAGAUGGGGAAGAUGCUAUGAGAGUUUUGGUGAAGACCCUCACAUUGUUAAGAUGAUGACUUCUAUGGUUACUGGCUUACAGGGACAACCGCCCGAGGGACACCCCGUCGGUCACCCAUUUCUUGCUGGAAGAGAAAACGUUGUUGCAUGUGCAAAGCAUUUUGUAGGCGAUGGUGGCACAAAGAAUGGUAUAAACGAGGGAGAUACUGUGUCAUCGUAUGAUGAGCUAGAGAAACUUCACAUGGCUCCUUUCUUCGACUGCAUUUCUCGGGGAGUAUGUACUAUCAUGGCAUCCUACUCAAGCUGGAACGGGACCAAAUUACACGAUUCUCAUUUUCUUCUUACAGAGAUCUUGAAAAAUAAACUUGGAUUCAAGGGAUUUAUCAUUUCUGACUCUGAAGGACUUGAUAGGCUUUCUAGCCCUCAUGGAUCUAAUUACCAGCAGAGUGUUCUAUCAGCAAUUAAUGCAGGAAUUGAUUUGGUAAUGGUGCCUUUUCGAUUUGAACUAUUUAUAGGAGACUUAAUGCAUUUGGUGGAGGCAGGAAAAAUAGCAAUGAAGAGAAUUGAUGAUGCAGUUGAAAGAAUUCUGAGAGUAAAAUUUGCGUCUGGCCUCUUUGAACAUCCGUUCAGCGACCGAUCUUUGUUGGGUACAGUUAGAUGUGAGCAACAUAAAGAGUUGGCACGUGAAGCAGUUCGAAAGUCAUUAGUUCUUUUAAAGAAUGGGAAGGAUCCAAAGAAACCAUUUCUUCCACUUGAUCGAAAUGCUAAAACAAUAUUUGUUGCUGGACGACAUGCCGAUGAUCUCGGUUAUCAGUGUGGUGGAUGGACAAUGACUUGGGAGGGCAAAUCUGGCAGAAUCACUACUGGCAAUACCAUUUUGGAUGCUAUUAGAGAAGUUGUUGGGAACGAAACAGAAGUGAUCUACGACGAAAACCCAUCUGCAGGAACCAUAACCGAUAAAGAAUAUUCAUUCGCCAUUGUAGUUGUGGGCGAAGGUCCGUACGUAGAAUUUGGCGGUGACAGCACAGACCUAACAAUUCAUUUCAACGGAGCCGAACUAAUUAGUAUGGUCGCCGAACAAAUCCCCACAUUAGCAAUCUUGAUAUCUGGUAGGCCUUUGUUUUUAGAGCCACAACUUUUGGAUAAAACGGAAGCUCUUGUUUCUGCAUGGCUACCUGGUAGUGAAGGCGGUCGGGGAAUUGUCGAUGUUAUUUUCGGAGAUCAUGAAUUUCAAGGAAGACUUCCGUUGACCUGGUUUAAAAAUGUCGAACAACUCCCAAUGCAUGUUGAAGAUAAUGACUCUUACGAUCCUCUUUUUCCCAUCGGUUUUGGUCUGACCAGUAAAAACGAACUUCUCAUGUAAGCUUUUCAUUUUCUUUUUAACGUUGUUUAAUUAGUCUUGUAAAUAAAAGUAAUUUCUCAUGCAUUCUCUCAUCUAAUGAAGUGUUGUUGAAUUCUGGCAUUGGAAAAA